GUGGUUAUCGAGUUCAUACCAUCGUCAACGAGCAUGCCAUUCACGACGAGGCUUCUGCUCAACGAGGAGGGAGGAACACGCCAGAAGCUUUUCCAAAACACCGGCUGAUUAACUCAUGGAGUGGGAGUCCGAGUCUCAGAAAACUGUUGAAUCCGCCUGACAGUGAGCCUCCUUCCUCCUCCUCCUCCUCCUCCUCCUCCUUACAAUCACCAUCGUUAUCAACAUCGUCCUCCGCUCCUACAUCCUCCUCCUCUCCUCUUUCUCCACUCCCUUCCACUUCAUUCUCUGCUUCUCAAACGCUGUCAAACGGAACUCCGAACGAGUCCUCGACGCCGCCAUCGCCAGCCUCUUCUUCAUCAUCCACUUCCUUCUCCUCCUCCUCCUCGUUCUCCGUACCUCCUUCUUCGUCAGCAGCAGAAGCUGGAGGGUCGUCGGACAUAGCCUCCGAGUCGCCAUCAUCUUCUACCUUCCCUGAAGCACCGGUCAUCUCCAACGUUGCUGGGGCUUCGCAGGCUGCGCGGCGACAAGGGAGCAAGAGGGAGAACCAACCACCUCCCGGCGUCGUUUUUCCUGCUGCUAUCAUCGCUGCUAUCGCUAUGCUGGGCUUGGUUCUGUAUGCACUUCGCCGUAAAGCCGGUCAAGAUACAGACUUUCAGGACGGAAAUCGCCCGACUCGGAGGACGUCGAUUCUGGCAUGGGCGGAAGUGGAUAUGGCUGAACGUGUCCGCUUUUCCCGUCUGAAACGGGCGACGAAAGACUUCGACGAAAGUCACCGCGUCAAAGGCGACGAAGAUGGAGUCGGGGACAUUUACCGUGGUAAUUUGAUAGUUACUGGAUUGCAAGGCGAGGUUGCAAUCAAGCGGCUGAGGGGCAGUUUCGACCUGAAGGGGGAGAAGUCCGAGAAGGCAGACCAGUUCGUCAGCGAGCUGGCGGCCAUAGCCAGAGCUCGACACCGCGCCAUCUCCAAGCCUAUCGCUUACAGCAUCAACGGCAACGAAGCUCUGGUUGUCUACGCUUUCAACACGAAGGGCAGCUUGCGCGAUCUGUUGGGUCCCGGGAUUCGAAAGCUGGGCGACCGGAAGAGAGACCGAGAUGAUCCAGUCCGUAAAAUCACGAGGCUAACCUCCUUCUCCUUCCCUGCCAACGUUCUCCCAUGGCCAGCUCGCGUUGAAAUCGUCAAGCAGGUCGCUUUGGCUCUACGAUACCUCCACGAAGAGCUGUACCCCCCUCUCUUCCAUCGGAACGUGAAGAGCACGAACGUGAUGGUCGAACUGAGACUGGAAGCUGAAGGUGUGCGCGCCUAUCUGACCGACUUCGGCUUCGAAUCCGUCGAGAAUUGGACAAGUACUGGCGAGAGAACGAGGCAGAGGUUCGGCCUGAGGGAGGUGGUGGGGGUGGUGAUGGGGAGAGAGAAUCCUUUGGUCGCGUUAACUGGAUACGAACCGAGGACUGCUGAGGUCAAGGCUUGUUCGAGACCCGUCGGCGAUGGCGGCGUCGUCGUCGUCUCAUCGUCGAGCUCGCCUGCUGCUCGGGCUGAUGUGUACGCUUUUGGAGUCGUGUUGCUUGAGAUAGUCACAGGGAGAACGGCUGUCUUCCCGACGGAGGAGGAGGAUCUGAUCACACUGACGGAUUGGUGCAGGCGUUGGCUCUUUGCUGCAGCGGGUCAAUCGUUAGUCAGAGAAAUGGUGGACCCUCGAAUCGUGUUGACGUUGAACGAGAGGCAAUGGCAGGUUGUGAAUGAAAUUGCUUGGCUUGGAUUAGAAUGCACAAGAGACGAUCCGGCGGAGCGUGGUUAUCGAGUUCAUACCAUCGUCAACGAGCAUGCCAUUCACGACGAGGCUUCUGCUCAACGAGGAGGGAGGAACACGCCAGAAGCUUUUCCAAAACACCGGCUGAUUAACUCAUGGAGUGGGAGUCCGAGUCUCAGAAAACUGUUGAAUCCGCCUGACAGUGAGCCUCCUUCCUCCUCCUCCUCCUCCUCCUCCUCCUUACAAUCACCAUCGUUAUCAACAUCGUCCUCCGCUCCUACAUCCUCCUCCUCUCCUCUUUCUCCACUCCCUUCCACUUCAUUCUCUGCUUCUCAAACGCUGUCAAACGGAACUCCGAACGAGUCCUCGACGCCGCCAUCGCCAGCCUCUUCUUCAUCAUCCACUUCCUUCUCCUCCUCCUCCUCGUUCUCCGUACCUCCUUCUUCGUCAGCAGCAGAAGCUGGAGGGUCGUCGGACAUAGCCUCCGAGUCGCCAUCAUCUUCUACCUUCCCUGAAGCACCGGUCAUCUCCAACGUUGCUGGGGCUUCGCAGGCUGCGCGGCGACAAGGGAGCAAGAGGGAGAACCAACCACCUCCCGGCGUCGUUUUUCCUGCUGCUAUCAUCGCUGCUAUCGCUAUGCUGGGCUUGGUUCUGUAUGCACUUCGCCGUAAAGCCGGUCAAGAUACAGACUUUCAGGACGGAAAUCGCCCGACUCGGAGGACGUCGAUUCUGGCAUGGGCGGAAGUGGAUAUGGCUGAACGUGUCCGCUUUUCCCGUCUGAAACGGGCGACGAAAGACUUCGACGAAAGUCACCGCGUCAAAGGCGACGAAGAUGGAGUCGGGGACAUUUACCGUGGUAAUUUGAUAGUUACUGGAUUGCAAGGCGAGGUUGCAAUCAAGCGGCUGAGGGGCAGUUUCGACCUGAAGGGGGAGAAGUCCGAGAAGGCAGACCAGUUCGUCAGCGAGCUGGCGGCCAUAGCCAGAGCUCGACACCGCGCCAUCUCCAAGCCUAUCGCUUACAGCAUCAACGGCAACGAAGCUCUGGUUGUCUACGCUUUCAACACGAAGGGCAGCUUGCGCGAUCUGUUGGGUCCCGGGAUUCGAAAGCUGGGCGACCGGAAGAGAGACCGAGAUGAUCCAGUCCGUAAAAUCACGAGGCUAACCUCCUUCUCCUUCCCUGCCAACGUUCUCCCAUGGCCAGCUCGCGUUGAAAUCGUCAAGCAGGUCGCUUUGGCUCUACGAUACCUCCACGAAGAGCUGUACCCCCCUCUCUUCCAUCGGAACGUGAAGAGCACGAACGUGAUGGUCGAACUGAGACUGGAAGCUGAAGGUGUGCGCGCCUAUCUGACCGACUUCGGCUUCGAAUCCGUCGAGAAUUGGACAAGUACUGGCGAGAGAACGAGGCAGAGGUUCGGCCUGAGGGAGGUGGUGGGGGUGGUGAUGGGGAGAGAGAAUCCUUUGGUCGCGUUAACUGGAUACGAACCGAGGACUGCUGAGGUCAAGGCUUGUUCGAGACCCGUCGGCGAUGGCGGCGUCGUCGUCGUCUCAUCGUCGAGCUCGCCUGCUGCUCGGGCUGAUGUGUACGCUUUUGGAGUCGUGUUGCUUGAGAUAGUCACAGGGAGAACGGCUGUCUUCCCGACGGAGGAGGAGGAUCUGAUCACACUGACGGAUUGGUGCAGGCGUUGGCUCUUUGCUGCAGCGGGUCAAUCGUUAGUCAGAGAAAUGGUGGACCCUCGAAUCGUGUUGACGUUGAACGAGAGGCAAUGGCAGGUUGUGAAUGAAAUUGCUUGGCUUGGAUUAGAAUGCACAAGAGACGAUCCGGCGGAGCGUCCCACCACUCAAAACGUGCUGCAUCAAUUAAUAUCCAUCGCCCGCUAGCCUGCGCUAGGUCGUGGAUAUGAUACAAUGUCAUGCUGCUGUUCAACUACGGUACCUGUUCAUCACUUCCAAUAAUCCAAUUAUUCCAAUGCAAUGAAAAUCAAUCAAUCGU